GCACACACACACACCCACUCACACACACACACACUCACACACAGAGCUCUCCUCUGCGGCCAUGGGAUCUUUACCACUUUACCGUCUCCUGACUCUGCUUUUCCUUCUGUCCGCGGCCUCAGACGUCCACGGUUCCAACAUAUGCACGUCACAGGGAGUGACUGCCUGUCAGCAGUGCCUGGCUGUUCACCCGAGCUGUGCCUGGUGCUCCCAGGAGGAGUUUGGGAAGGGGGGAUCCAGCACUUCUCGCUGCGACCUGAAAGAGAAUCUGCUGAAAGGAGGGUGCAGCCAGGCGGCCCUGGAGUUUCCCACCAGCUCCGUGACCACGCAGAGGGAUGACCCGCUCAGCAACAAGGCCUCGGGGACGGGCGGAGACGUCACCCAGAUCAAACCCCAGAAACUCCACAUGGUGCUGAGGCCAGGUGAUGCCCAGCGAUUCACUGUGAGCGUGAGGCAGGUUGCGGACUACCCCGUAGACCUCUACUAUCUGAUGGACCUCUCGUUUUCCAUGAAGGACGACUUGGCUCGUCUGGUCACUUUGGGAAACGAUCUGGCUAAGGCGAUGGGCCGAACCACCAGCAACCUGCGCAUGGGGUUCGGAGCAUUCGUGGAUAAGACUGCGUCUCCAUUCAUGGUCACCUAUCCUCCAGAGUCCGUCGUCAACCCUUGCGAUACGAUCAGCGAGGUGUGCCAGGCUCAGUUUGGCUUCAAGCACGUGCUGUCGCUCACCGAGACGGUAGCUCGCUUCACCGAGGAGGUGGAGAAGCAGCAGGUGUCCAGAAACAGGGACGCUCCGGAGGGCGGAUUCGAUGCAGUCUUGCAGGCUGUGGUGUGCAAGGAAAGGAUCGGCUGGCGACCGGACGCCUCACACCUUCUGGUGUUCACCACCGAUGCCAAGACUCACAUCGCUCUGGACGGACGCAUCGCGGGCAUCGUCCAGCCGAACGACGGACUGUGUCACCUGGACAGCGACAACGUUUACAACAAAACCACAGUGCUGGACUAUCCUUCCUUGGGGCUUAUCAAUGAAAAAAUAUCAGAUAACAACAUCAACUUAAUUUUUGCUGUGACCAAGUAUGUGGAACCUCUUUACAAGGAGUACAGUAACCUCAUUGCUGGUACUACUGUAGGAACUCUGUCUGAUGACUCCGGAAAUGUUAUUCAGUUAAUUGAACAGGCCUACGCGAAAAUUCGUUCAGAAGUAGAACUGGAGCAGGUGGACGUCCCGGAGGAGUUGGAUCUCUCCUUCAAUGCGACCUGCUUAAAUGGAGAGGUCAUCAAAGGACUCAAGUCCUGCUCCGGCCUCAAGAUUGGAGACACGGUGUCGUUCAGCGUGGAGGCUCAGCUGCGAGGCUGCCCUAAAGAGAAGAGUCGCACUUUUUCCAUCAAGCCCCGAGGAUUCAAAGACUCUCUGGACAUCACGGUAGAAUUCGCCUGCGGUUGUAACUGUGAGGCCAGCGCGGUGGUGGACAGCCCGCUGUGCAGCGACGGAAACGGGACCCGCGAGUGCGGGGUGUGCCAGUGCCACCAGGGCCGGCUGGGCCCGCACUGCGAGUGCUCCGUGGAGGACUACAGUCCGUCUGAUGACGCCAACUGCAUCCCCAAACCGGGGAGCCCCAUCUGCAAUGGCAGGGGCGACUGCUUGUGUGGACAGUGUUCCUGUCACGCCAGCGAGUUCGGCCAAGUUUGGGGGAAGUACUGCGAGUGUGACGACUUCAACUGUCUGCGCUUCAAGGGGGCCCUUUGCUCCGGUCAUGGUAAAUGCAGCUGUGGCAUCUGCCAGUGCGACGCCGGGUGGAAGGGAGAGAACUGUAACUGCAGCACCCGGAUCGACACGUGCACGUCCAGCAUCGGCCUGCUGUGCACCGGCCGGGGGAACUGCGAGUGCGGCGUGUGUCAGUGCACCCAGCCCGGCGCCUACGGAGAGACCUGCGAGAAAUGCCCCACCUGCCCCGACUCCUGCACCAUCAAAAAGUCGUGUGUGGAAUGUCAGCACUUCAAGAGAGGGCAGUACAUCGAAGACAACAGCUGCAAUCGGAUCUGCAGGAAUGAGAUUGAAGUCGUGGAUGAGCUGGUUUUCCAUGACACGAACGCCGUGAACUGCUCGUACAAAGACGUGGACGACUGUGUGGUGCACUUCCAGUACUACGAAGACGACAGCGGGAAAUCCAUCCUGUUUGUGGUGAAGGAACCAGAGUGUCCCGAAGGCCCGGACAUCCUGGUGGUCCUCCUGGCGGUGGCGGGAGCCAUCCUGCUGCUGGGCCUGGCCGGCCUGCUGAUCUGGAAGCUGCUGGUGACCAUCCACGAUCGCAGGGAGUUCGCCAAGUUCGAGGAGGAGCGCGCCAAAGCCAAAUGGGACACGGCGAACAACCCUCUGUACAAACAAGCCACCUCCACCUUCAAAAACGUGGCGUACCGGGGAAACUGACGGCCAAGGCCAGCGAGGACUAACUCAGGGUGGAAUGUAGCAGCACAGAAAUGGAUACUUUCACACUGUCCUGUGACUGAAACCUGCUAACUGCUGUCAGCAACGUGAUGUAUUGACUGUAAAGAAGCAAAACAAGACAAAAGAGGACUGAAACUGUUAAUAUAAGUCCGCUUCGUGGCCUUUUUCUUUCUGCACUGUGUCAGGGAUGGAGCUUCGUUCAACUCAGUGGAUCCACAGCCCCCCCCCCCCGCCAUACAAAGGCAAAAAUCCUUUAUAAAAUAAAAGCACUGGACAGCUUCACGUCUCUGGCACCUGACCGGGAAUUUACAGCCAUGCAAACUGCUACUGAAUGUCUGUCACCAUUAUUUUUUAAGGUCUAAAGUCUACAACUGCAGUAUUUGUCCUUAAAGUUUGCUGUACGUGAGAUUUCACUGUGGCAGGAGUGAGUGGAUGUUCUUGAGCGCUGCAGCAGUUUGCUGCUUCAUCAGGUUUUCUUAUUGGAGGGAAAAUGUGCUACUGUCUCUUCUGUUGUUAAAAAAAGGCCUCACCGCCUCAUGUUGUGGUUCAAAGCGUUUAAAAAAAAAAAAAAAAAACCAUCAAGCUGCGGCUCGAUGUUUAGCUUGUUAUUUUCACUGGGAUGUUCUGAUGUAAAAUAUUACAUACUGCACCUUCAAAACGUCUCAAAC